AUGCAAUAUCAUGUUUCUAAAUAAGAUGUUUUAGGAACUCUCUAAGAUGUCUUCUUAUAAAGUAAUCAUCAAUUGGAGAAUUCAAAAAAUUCUCAUAAAUAAAAGAAAGCUCCUUCUGCAAUUAAAACUAAACUUGAUUCCAGUACUAACAAAAGUAAGUUGGAGCGGUAUUUGGAAAAGUACUAAUGUAUUAAAGUAUAACAUUUUAGAAAGAAAAUUAUUGCAAGAAGAAAAUAAUAGUUCCCUUGCAUAAUCUAUUCAAAAUACAAAUAUCAUUAAAGUGCAAUAAAAAUUGAAUGAUAGUCAAACAGCCUAUUCAAGUAAGAUGAGUCUUCCAAGAGAAUACACAGAAAAUGAUGAUAAAGAACAAUAAUUAAUAGGAGUGGGACUAUCUCAAUAUAUGUAAUAAUUAUAGCAAUCCAAGUUGCAAAGUGCAUAUAUCAAUUAAGAAUGUUAAACUGAAUAAUAAAAAGAAUAAAUAGAUAUUUAAAGUAUGAAUUAAUCAGUUUAAGAUAAUAAUGAAUCUAGUAUCUCUUAAGUUGAUGAAAUUAAAUUAUUGAAUAGUAACCAUGAUCAAUAGAAUACUUAUAAUAAGAAGAUUCAUUUAAAUCUUUAAUUAUGGACAGGAUAACCUAUAAAACAAGACUUUUCAUGUUAAUUUAAUACUGAAAUCAAACCUAAUUAAUUGAUCGAAAAUUAGUAAAUUAAAUAAAUUUAUCAAAACAAUCAAGAAAUUAAGAUAGUACCUUAAAAUGAUUUUGGAUGUUAAUAUAAUUAAUCUAAUAAUUAAAUUAGUAUAGAUUUAGAUGAUUAAUUCAAAAAGAAUAUUCGAAUUAAAAAUAGAUGUCUGACGUCAGCUAAUCAAAAAGAUCAAAAUAAUCAAUUUAAUAGUAAUGAUAAAAUAAAUUUCUUAGAAUAAGGUAAAUCUUUAUUUAUUAUGUAGAAUUAUAAUUAAGAGAUGAGAUGUUGAAUACAAAAACAUAAAUUAUAACUGAUUUGUAAUAAUAAUUAAAUGAUUUUUAUCAAAUUUUUAAUAAGGAAAGUGAUAUUGAAUAAGAGAAUGGUUAACAAGAUUUAAAUUUAUCUAGUGAACAUUGGAAAAUAGAUGAAUUGAAUCGAUAAUCUGAUAAUAAUGAGGAUAUAUAAGAUUAAUUAACAUUACUUAUGUUGAAAUAAAGUGAGGAAAUAUAAGAAUUAAAAAGAGUUCUUGAUGAAGCAAUUUAAGAAAAAGAAUAAUUGAAAGAGGAAUAAGAAGAAUUAAUAAUCUAAAUUAAUGAAUGCAAAUAAUAAUUAAUUAAUAUGGAAGAAAGUAAAGUAAAAGAAAUUGAAUCACUUAAUUAAGAUUUUUAAGAUAAAUUAUCUAAAUAGAAUAUGAUAAUUGAUGAAUUACAAUCUCAAAUAUGUAGUAUUUAAACUAGUCUAACUGACAUUCCUUUGACUUCUAUAUAAACUAAUACUCUACAUAAUCCUACAUAAGAAUAAUCAAUAGAUGAGUGUGAUUCCUUAUCUUCUUAAGGUAAUAAUAUAAAGACUAAGAAUGUUCUUAAAAAUAUUAAUAAAAUGACUAAUAUGACUGCUGGUUGGAUGUCUAACAAAUAAGAUUAUGUUACUCUUGGAGUCUUGGGAAGAAUAGAUUAGAUUAAGAGUUAAACUAAAUUAGAUUCUUUCAAAAAAUUAAAUUGA